GAGUCCUCUACAGGGAUGUCAUGCAGGAGAACUACGAGACGGUGACCUCGCUGGGAUUCCCCCUUCCCAAACCUGACCUGAUCACCCGGCUGGAACGAGGGGAAGAGCCGUGGGUGCCCGAUCUCCAGGCCUGUGAGGAAAGAGGGAUCCCGAGAGGCACCCACACAGGUGACGAGAGAAUGAGUGAGAACGAAGAGGGGAAUCAACAGCUGGAAGUUCCUGGGCAUGGGGAAUCACAAGGGACCUCUGUGGGAAGACCCCAUAAGUGCUUAGACUGUGGAAAGAGUUUCAUAUGGUGGUCACACCUUAUUUUACAUCAGCGAAUCCACACUGGAGAGAAACCCCAUCAGUGCUUAUUCUGUGGAAAAAGUUUCAUACAGAGGUCAGACCUUGUUAAACAUCAAGCAUUCCACACUGGAGAAAGGCUCCAUAAGUGCUUAGACUGUGGAAAAAGUUUCAUACAGAAGUCACACCUUGUUGCACAUCAGGCAGUCCACACUGGAGAGAGACCCCAUCAGUGCUUAAUCUGUGGGAAAAAUUUCAUACGGAGGUCAGCCCUUCUUAUACAUCAAGCAGUCCACACUGGAGAGAGACCCCAUAAGUGCUUAGACUGUGGAAAAAGAUUUAUACAGAAGUCACACCUUGUUGCACACCAGGCGAUCCACACUGGAGAGAGACCCCAUAAGUGUUUAAUCUGUGGAAAAAGUUUCAUACUGAGGUCAGCCCUUGUUUCACAUCAGAGAAUCCACACAGGAGAGAGACCCCAUAAGUGCUUGGACUGUGGAAAAAGUUUCAUACGGAGGUCAACCCUACUUGAUCAUCAGGCAAUCCACACAGGAGAGAAAUCCCAUAAAUGUUUUUACUGUGGGAAAAGUUUCACACAAAGAUCAAAUCUUACAGCACAUCAGGCAGUCCACACUGGCAAGAGACGCCAUAAAUGCUUAAUCUGUGGAAAAAGUUUCAUACGGAGGUCAGCCCUUGUUAAACAUCAAGCAGUCCAUACUGGAGAGAGGCCCCAUAAAUGCUUAGACUGUGGAAAAAGUUUCAUACAGAGGUCAACCCUUGUUAAACAUCAGGCAAUCCACACAGGAGAGAAAUCCCGUAAAUGUUUGGACUGUGGGAAAAGUUUCACACAAAGAUCUAAUCUUAUGGCACAUCAGGCUAUCCACACAAGAGAAAGACCCCACAAGUGCUUAGACUGUGGAAAAAGUUUCAUACAGAGGUCACACCUUGUUGUACAUCAGGCAAUCCACACUGGAGAGAGGCCCCAUAAGUGCUUAAUCUGUGGGAAAAGUUUCAUACGGCGGUCAGCCCUUCUUAUACAUCAUGAAGUCCACACUGGAGAGAGACCCCAUAAGUGCUUAGACUGUGGAAAAUGUUUCAUACAGAGGUCAACCCUUGUUAAACAUCAGAUAAUCCACACAGGAGAAAAAUCCCAUAAAUGUUUGGACUGUGGGAAAAGUUUCACACAAAGAUCAAAUCUUAUGGCACAUCAGGCAAUCCAUACUGGAGAAAGACCCCAUAAAUGCUUAAUUUGUGGGAAAAGUUUCACACAGAGAUCAAAUCUUAUGGCACAUCAGGCAAUCCACACAAGAGAGAGAACCCACAAAUGCUUAGAGUGUGGAAAAAGUUUCAUACGGAGGUCAACCCUACUUAAUCAUAAGGCAAUCCACACUGGAGAGAGACCUCAUAAGUGCUUAGACUGUGCAAAAAGUUUCAUACGGAGGUCAGACCUUGUUAGACAUCGAGCAGUCCACACCGGAGAGAGACCCCAUAAAUGCUUAGACUGUGGGAAAAGUUUCAUAUGGAAGUCAACCCUUGUUAAACAUCAGAUAAUCCACACAGGAGAGAAAUCCCAUAAAUGUUUGGACUGUGGGAAAAGUUUCACACAAAGAACAAGUCUUAUGGCACAUCAGGCAAUCCACACUGGAAAGAGACCCCAUAAGUGCUUAAUCUGUGGAAAAUGUUUCAUACGGAGGUCAGACCUUGUUAAACAUCAAGUAGUCCACACUGGAGAGAGACCCCAUAAGUGCUUAGACUGUGGGAAAAGCUGUUAG